AUGGGAGGAUUAGAAAACCAAGUGAACUACUGGGACCUUCUUCCAUAUGCUAAAAUAUAUGAGAAUCUUCUGGCUAUGAUAUAUAUAGUUGGAGAGGUCAACAAGGACCGAGAACUACUGCCAAAUGUUACACUUGGGUAUGAGAUUUAUGAUUCCUGUAAAACUGCUGCUGGGGCACUUGAAGGUACAAUGAGUUUGCUAACAGGGUGGAGAAAAAUGAUUCCAAACUACCACUGCCAGACUCUUUCUUCAACUGUGGCUCUGAUUGGCGAGUCAGCAUCUGUGACAUCAAUACCCAUGGCCUGGCUGCUGGGACUCUAUAAAUUUCCCCAGAUAAGUCAUGGGGCAACUGUUAUGGCUCUUAGUGACAAAAAUCAGUUUCCUUCUUUCCUCAGGACAAUUCCAAGUGAUCUCUUUCAGGCUAUUGGCAUAGUCCACUUGGUCCUAUAUUUUGGCUGGACAUGGGUCGGACUUCUGUCUGACAGCAGUGACUAUGGCCUUCAAGGCAGCCUUAAAGUAAAAGAAGAACUUGUCAAAGCUGGGGCUUGCAUUGCUUUUUUUGAAACAAUACCUGCAAUGUACUCUGAGAUGAAGAUUAAUCAUAUAAGUAAAAUAAUUCAGACAUCUUCCGUGAAUGUGAUAGUGAUCUAUUCCACUGAGGUUAACCUCUACCCUGUCCUGGAGGUGAUUGCACGGAACAAUGUAACUGGAAAGGUCUGGAUAGCCAGUGAUGCAUGGGCUCAAUCUUACAUGUUUUUUAAGAAUGAGUUUUUGAGAAUAUUACAAGGAACUCUUGGUUUUCUGGUAAGAAAAGGAGACAUACCAGGAUUCAAGCAGUACAUUUAUAAUCUUAAUCCUUAUAACAAUCCAGCUGACAUAUUUCUGAAACAUUUCUGGGAAAUUGUUUUUGAUUGUAAGUUGCAGAUCAUAGACAACACAUAUAAGACAAAUGAGAACUUGACCAAUGAAUCAAAAAUAUGUAAUGGAGAUGAAACACUGCAGGGCAUGAGCCUGGAUUUUUUCCAGCUUAAUGACUUAAGGAGUACGUAUAACAUCUACAAUGCUAUGUACUCAGUUGCUCAUGCUGUAAGUGAUAUGUUAUCAUGCAGACACGGAAAAGGUCCAUUUGGUAAUGGCACAUGUGUAGUAAUAAAUGAUUUCCAACCAUGGCAGAUCCCUCAGUCAUUUUGCAGUGAAAGCUGCUCUGCAGGCUACAGGAAGGCACCUCAGCCAGGUCAGCCAAUCUGCUGCUUCAACUGCAUCAUGUGCUCCCAGGGAGAAAUUUCCAACCAAACGGAUUCCAUUGAUUGUCUGAAAUGUCCUAAGGAUGGUUGGCCCAGUGAGAGACAAGAUAAGUGUGUCAAGAAAAUAAUCGAGUUCCUUUCCUAUGAAGAACAUCUAGGCACAGUGUUGACUACAGUUUCUAUAUUUCUAACAAUGGCUGCUGCUGUUAUCCUAAUGGUCUUUAGAAAGAACCAUCACACCCCUAUUGUCAAAGCAAACAACAGGGAGCUUAGCUAUGCACUCUUAUUUAGUCUUAUGUUGUGUUUCCUCUGUUCAUUAAUUUUCAUAGGCCGCCCCACACAUGCGACAUGUAUGCUUCAGCAAGGUGCAUUUGGCAUCAUUUUUACAUUGUCUAUCUCUUGUGUUUUAGCCAAAACUGUUGUAGUAGUCAUUGCCUUCAGUGCCAGUAAGCCAAACAGCACUCUGCAGAAAUAUGCAGGACCCAGACUGCCAAAGAUUUUAGUUAUGGUUUGUACUUCUGUUCAGGUAAUGAUAUGCGGUUCUUGGUUAAUUGUCUUGCCUCCAUUUCGGGAUGAAAAUGCAACUUCUGUAACAGGAAGGAUCAUUAUAGAAUGUAAUGAAGGUUCACCUGUGUCAUUCUGGUGCAUGUUGUCAUAUAUGGGCCUCUUAGCCACAAUAAGCCUGGUAGUUGCAUUUCUGUCUAGGAAGCUCCCAGACAGCUUUAAUGAGGCAAAAUUUAUAUCAUUCAGUAUGAUGGUAUUUGUUAGUGUAUGGAUGUCAUUUAUCCCAGCCUAUCUGAGCACACAAGGGAAAUAUAUGGUGGCUGUAGAAAUAUUUGCCAUUAUAUCCUCAGGGGCUGGACUGCUGCUUUGUAUAUUUGUUCCUAAAUGUUACAUUAUUCUGCUUAGACCAGAAAUGAACAACAGAGACUACCUAAUGGGGAAGGGGGUGUUUAAAAAUGGAAAAGAUUAA